AUGGGGAGCCCCAGAUUGGCAGCCCUGCUCCUGCUGCUUCUGUUAUUCAUUGGCCUGUCUGUCUCUGCUGGGAUUGGCCGCCUUUGGUGGGGCUUGUUCUACCUCCUGGUGUAGAAAUCGAAAAAGUCUUGCAAGUUCAAGUUCUAUCAGAGACACAGGACGCCAGCACCUUCUCAGAUACUCUCCCUGCCAGGCCCAAGAAAGCUGCUGAGUAGCCAUUCUCCAUCAGAGAAAGGCCGUCACAUUUCCACCCCCUCCCCAGAUGUCUCCCACAAGAGGCUGCGCUCCAAAAGGACCCGGCCUUCAGAUCCACAAGGAGUGGGACCUCUUCCCAGACCUGGCUCACAAAAAUCCCCAGGACCUGAAUUCUCCUUUGAGUUGCUGCCCAUGGCACGGACUACCGUGACCAUUUCACCAGGCCCAAUGGCCAGUGUGUGUCUUUGUCACCAGUGGGCACUGGAAUGUGAAGAGCUGAGCAGUCCUUUUGAUGCCCAGGCAGUUGUGUCUGGGGGCUGGACUGCAGACCUGCCCUAUGAAUUCCUUCUGCCCUGCCUGUGCAUGAGGUGAGCUGGGAGAAACGCCUCCUACCUGCAGGAGGACUCUGUGAGGCCAAAAAAGUGCUCCUUCUGGAGCUGAUCUGAAGCCUAUGCCUGAGACUUCUGGAAGUCAGUGCACUUUACUGACUACAGCCAGCACAAUCAAAUGGUCAUGGCCCUGAUGCUCUGCCCACUGAAUCUGGAGGCCUCGCUCUGCCAGAGACUGGACCUACACACUCCCUGUGAAGACCUCCCCAAUGCCACUGCUCGGGAGUCAGAAGGAUGGUAUGUGUUGGAGAAGGUGGACUUGCACCCCCAGCUCUGCUUCAAGUUCUCAUUUGAAAACAGCAACCAUGUUAAAUGCCCCCACCAGAGUGGGUCUCUCAUCUGGAAUGUGAGCAUGGACAUCCGGGCCCAGCAGCUGAUUCUCCACUUCUCCUCGAGGAUGCGUGCCACCUUCAGUGCCACCUGGAGCCACCCAGGCUCAGAGCUGGACGCCAUGGUGGCCCCUACUCAGGGCUCAGGCCCAGUGGCACUAGACCUCAUCAUUCCUUUCCUGAGACCAGGGGCUGUGAGGGCUGUAUGGAGGGCCGAUGUGCAGGUUGCCUGGAAGCGCCAACGCCUGGGGCUGCUGACACUGGCACUAACCGGCCUUGCCACCCCGCUGGGCUUUGGUCUCGUCAUCUGCUCCCAGGUAAGCUGGCCUGCGAUGGCCAGCGAUGCAUCUUCCCAGGCCCGCCUGCGGGAAGGGGCCCGGGCAGCGUGGCCACGGCGGGCGGAGGCCCUGGUUAGCCUUGGGCCCCGGGCGCGGCGGGCGGUGCUGCUGCACGCGGGACUCCGAGCGCAGCGGCGCGCGGUGGGCGCGCUGGCCGGGCUGCUGCGGGCGGCGCUGGGCGGCGCCGCGAGGGGGCGGUGGGUCUGGGGAGGGGCGCGCGUGGGCCCGCUGCCGUGGCUCUGGGCGGCCCGGGCGCGCGUGGCGCAGGAGCGGGGCUGCGUGCUGCUGCGGAGGGGCGGAGACGCGGCGGCCCCCGCGGCCCCACGCCCCGCCGCCCGGCCCGCCGCGCCCUGCCGCGCCCUGCCCUUCCGCCGGCCGCGGGACCUGCCGCGCCUGCUGCGGGCCCUGGACCCCCGGCCCCCCGGCCCCGCCACCAGCUGGAGCCGCCUCCGGGCCGGCGGCGGCCGGGCCCGCCUGGAGCUGUGCCGCCGGCGGGAACGCGAGGCCGCCGGGCCCGCCGCCGCUGCGGCCCCGCACGCCCGCGGGCGCCGGCCGGAACCCCGACCUGAGCCCUCGCCCGGGGGGUGGGGGGACCCUCGGGGUGCCUCCGGGCCGGCCUGCCCGCACCCCUUCCUCAAGGCCGGGAUGUCGUCCACCGGUGCCCCCGGCUAG